AUGGGGGUGUGUAACACUGAACAGGAGGUGGUGACCAAAACCAUCCCAAAGAAGUCUGCAAACCAGGUCCUCCAGAGCUUCCUGCAGCCACAGGCAGAAGUAGAGGCAGCCAUCCUGCAGGCAGACCAGGCCCUCACUGAUGCGGCCAAGGCCAUGGCAGAGGAACGUACCAAAAGACAAGCAGCAGAGAUGAAACAGGAUCUGCUAAAACAGGAACUGAAUGAUAAGAAUAAAAAAUUGGAGGCCCAAGAGAGAAGCCACGUGGUGCAAAUGGAACAACUCCAUGUGGACUUUCAAAAGAAAUCUGAUGAAUUACAUAUUGAGUUAACUAGACUACGACAAGUAACUGAAAGAAAUGAAAAUACGUGCUUACUACUUUAGGAAUCCUGGCAGGUUUUACUUUUGUGUUAAUGUCCUUAUGAAGUGGCUUUUUUUCACAAUGUGCAUAGGGAUGAUGCGUCUCAUGUGAAUUAUUAAAUGAGUUGACAAUUCCGCUUAAGUACAUUGUAAAGGGUUUCAUAUAAUAGUUGUUAAUCUUUGGAAUAUGCCAUGGUAGUUUCAAUCCAGAAAAGUUUAAAAAUA